UGCUUCAACGCAUCUUGUCGGUUGUAUAAGUAAAUAUAAGCUUUCUGAAGAGACGACUACCAGGUUGUGGUCCUGUCUGAGAUCCUUCAACUCACUGAGCCGUCUAUGCAUCUCAGACUCAUUUCUCAGUUUCCCUUCAUCUUCGAUUGAGCUUUCAUCAGUCACAAAGCUAUCAGCUGAGAAAGUGACGUCACGAUGCUAUAAAGAUCUGAUCUCAUCUCUCCCUGGUUUGGUAAAUAUCGAUAUCACUAUGGAUGAUGCAGAGGGAGACAUACAUCCGAUUACGGCCGUUCUUCGUCGAACAGGAGGACAGAGACUCGAUCGGAUCAUUCUUCGCGGCAUUCCGCUGCCACUCCGGACACGGAAUGUGGUAAGACCGGGUCUGCUGUUCAAAAAACACAUCGACGACACGACAAUUCUUAAAUUGGACGGAUCUGGAGAAAUGAAUAAAGUAUGUUGUGUUGAACUCAUCGAGUCGUUGGCAUUUUUGGCAUCAUUGGCUUAUCUACAACUAGAAUUUCUCGAUGGCUGGUCUUUCAACUUCAAAACAACUUUUGGUGUUGAGAUUAGUAAAUAUGAGCUUGGUAAUGAUAUGAAUGAUGAUAUGACUACCAGGUUGUGGAACUGUCUGGGAUCCUUCAACCUACUGACCCAUCUAAGCAUCUCAGACUCAUCUCUCAGUUUCCCUCCAUCACCCCCUCAACUGCUAUCCGUCACAGCGCUAUCAGCUGAGAAAGUGACGUCACAAUGCUAUGAAGGACUGAUCUCAUCGCUCCCUGGUUUGGUAAUGAUCGAUAUCACCACUGAUAAUGCAGAUAGAGACAUAUCCCAGAUCACUGCUGGUCUCAGGCGAACAGGACAGAAACUCACAAACAUCAACUUUCACGCACCGCCAUCACUCCAACCAGAGAAGAUUCGUGUAUCGCGUGAGACUAUGAGAACACUGAGUCUGCUGAUCAGACAACAUUACAAGAACCUGCAGUCGAUUGGUUUGUCUGGAGUUAUUAAUUUGAAUGAAGAAGACCUUGUUGAACUGCUCGAGUCAUCGACCUCUUUGGCAUCAUUGGCUCAUCUGAAUGUAGAAACUCUUGAUAAAUGGCAUUUCGACUUUGAUAUCGCGGAAGGUGUUCAGAUAACCAAAUGCCAUCUGUCUUCUGAGAUGACUGCUAGAAUGUGGUCUUGUCUGAGACCCCUCACCUCACUGAACCAUCUCACCAUUUCAGACUCAUCGCUCAGUUUCUCUCUAUCACCUCCUGAACUACCGUCCGUCACAAAGCUACUAGCUAAUAAACUGACGUCACAAUGCUACCAAGGGUUGAUCUCGUUAUUACCUGGGUUGCGAGAUAUUGAUGUCCAAAAUGCAGCUACAGAUGACUUUGUUGAAUUUGUCGAGUCUUCAACACGUUUGACAUCAUUGCAACGACUUAAGAUAAAAACUCUUGAUAGAUCGCAAUUCGACUUUGAUACCGCGAAAGGUGUUCAGAUAACCAAAUGCCAUCUGUCUUCUGAGAUGACUGCUAGAAUGUGGUCUUGUCUGAGACCCCUCACCUCACUGAACCAUCUCACCAUUUCAGACUCAUCGCUCAGUUUCUCUCUAUCACCUCCUGACCUACCGUCCGUCACAAAGCUACUAGCUAAUAAACUGACGUCACAAUGCUACCAAGGGUUGAUCUCGUCAUUACCUGGGUUGCGAGAUAUUGAUGUCCAAAAUGCAGCUACAGAUGACUUUGUUGAAUUUGUCGAGUCUUCAACACGUUUGACAUCAUUGCAACGACUUCAGAUAAAAUCUCUUGAUAAAUGGCAAUUCGACUUUGAUACCAGCUCAGGUGCUAGGAUAAUCAAAUGUUGUCUGUCUUCUGAGAUGACUUCUAGAAUGUGGCCAUGUCUCAGAUCUGUCACCUCACUGAAGCAUCUUACCAUCUUAGACUCAUCUCUCAGUUUCCCUCCAUCACUUCCUGAGCUACCAUCGGUCACAAAACUAUCACCCGAGAGAGUGACGUCGCAAAGCUAUAAUGGUCUAAUCUCAUCGCUCCCUGGUCUGGAAGGUAUUGAUAUCACGAUGGAUGACGCGGAGGGAGACAUUGCUCGUUACUCCGCUGUUCUUCGUCUGACAGCAGGGCAGAAACUCAAACACAUAUAUCUAUGUGGUCCGCCAUCACCUUCAUCAGAGAGGAGCCGUGUAUCGAGAGAGACAAUGAGAGGACUGGGUCAGGUCAUCAAAGAACAUACACAGAACCUGGUGUCGCUCUAUCUGAAAUGGGUGACGUGGACAGACGAGAAUGACUUAGUUUACCUUAUCGACUGCUGCAGACGUGUGAAGACGAUGCAAUACGUUUCGUUCGUUUACUGUGGGACGACGAAGAAUGGCAGGCUGCAUUCUCACCUCGUUCACCUUCACUGUGGAUCUUCCGACGGUUUCGAUGUGUAUGUUUACCAUGACGAUGGUGGCAAAAUUCAUUAUUACAUCCCCCGCACUGUCGAUUGAGCAAUUGCCAGAACAGCGAGUCCUCAUCUUACAGGUCGUUAUGUGUACAACUCAUCAAUAUCACUACAGCGGAUUGAAAUUAACAUGAAAACGCUAUGGUGGAAUCUACAUUCUGUUUUUGUUUUCAUCCCGGAUCUAAAUGAUGGAUGGUAGGAGCAGGGCUACUUUGCUUCAGCCUCUCGGAUGCAAUGUCAUGAUAUUAAAACACGUGAUUCCCAUUGCAUCUUGACAGAAAGCCACGCUUAUUAUUAGGGCAACGCCAUUUUGGGUAAAAAAUGAUCAUGAAUAAGAUCAGAUGUGACCCAAAUCACUGGCUAGUCUGGGGUCGAACGUAAUGUUGCCCCCAAAAGCCCCCAUACGACUACUUUCAUGGUCAAAUUGUGUUCGCCAACCAGAAGUGUGUAUGUUUCGUUGUUGUUUUUUUUUACAAUUAUUCAUGCGAACUAAGCCUUCUCAUUUGUUGAACUUUCCUCUUAAAUUCUGACAGCAACAUUUCAGACAUUUCAUUCGAAGUAACGUUUGUUCAUUUUACAAACAAAUUCAGCGGGUUGUCAUAUUCAUUAUUAUAAUCCAAAACACACAAAGUAAACGUAUAGAAGUAGUAGUAAUGACAGUGGUAGUAAUAGUAGUACUUGUAGUAGCAAUGGAUGUCGUAAUGAUUGCAAUAUCAGCAUUGGUUAUUGUAAUAGUGUUUCACAAUAGUGGUCAUAGCUGCCUGUAGGCUAAAAAGCAUUUAUUUCACUCUCUAAUUUUCUUACAAUAAAAUGAUUGGGAUCAGGGACGAAUCCAAUGUUGCAUUCACGUUUUCAAUCUUGUGGAAUAAGAAUUCAGUCUUAUUCGAUUGAAAUGUUCCAUCCAACAUUGGAUUGGUCCCUGACCACAAACUGUUAGAUUGACUUUCAAUCUACGAAAGUUAGAGAGUGCACAGGAAUUUCGAUCAGGGAACAAUCCAAAGUUGAAUUGAAGUUUCCAAUCUGAUUUAGAAUUCAAUCUUAUUCGAUGGAAACGUUUGAUCCAACAUAGAUAGAUAAGAUAAGAUAAGAUAAGAUAAGAUAUUUAUUCGUCUUUCUUUCUGCACAUACAUUUUAUCUUACAAGUAUGAUUUCACAUUCUACAAAUGAAAAAAAUCAAUUAACCAUAAAUCAUUGUUACAGUAGAAAAAAAAGAAACAUUGCAAAAUAACUAAACGUAUUGAGAGAAAGACAAGGAGAACCCCUGAAAAAGGAAGGCUUGUAAGGCUAGGGUCUCCUUUGUUUCAAGUACAUGACUGAAUAGUAUUCAGUGUUGACAUGUAAUAUCUUUAAAAUACAAAAGAAAAAAAAAUGCAACAAUAAAACAAAAAAGACAAACUAAAACUAAUCAAUGACAAAAAACACACACUAAUAGAAUACAUUGCUUGAAUGUACAGUUAUGAAGUCUAAUAAACUAACAACAAUAUGAUAUAAUUAAGUGAUAUAUGAUGGAAGAGGAAAUGAGUAUGGAUAACAUGGCAUGAAAAAAAGAGGACGAUCGUAUGUAUAAAUAAUAAUAGUAAAGUAAAAAAACAUAACAUGACAAAGGUAAAAGAAACACAAGAAAAGAAUACAAAAGGAAAAAAACAUGGGCUGACCCUCUGCAGAAGAAUCCAGUUAGACAAGAUACAAGAUAAAUAUAUAUUGAUAUAACAUAACAUUCUCCAGUCUUAUAUACAGUUUUUUAGGCUCCAAAAUUAAAAAUAACAUAGUAUAUAAAAGCAUAUCUUAACCUAGAGCAACUCACAAAUAACAAUUAAGAAGAUAACCUUUAAGUACACGCUGAAAAGUAUAAAUGCUUACCGAUUUUUUUAUAUUUGAAUUGAGAGAGUUCCAGAACCUGGGUCCUGUAUUUACAACUGUCCUAAAAGCAGAACUUGUAUGUAACUUGGGUAAGUGGAAUGCAGAAGCAUUUCGUGUAUAAUAGUUAUGUAUGUCACUAUUUUUCAUGAACAUUGUGACCAGAGCUGGUGGCAUGAUGCCUGCAUUGUAUGCAUACAUUAGAGUACCAAGUUGAAAAUCAUAGAUAUCUUGUAAUUUUAGAAUUCUAUGCUCAUAAAAAAGUGGGGUAGUAUGCGAGCGAUAGUUAACAUUACAAACAAUUCUUAAAACUCUUUUUUGAAUCAAGUACACCCUUUCUAGAUUGGUUUUAAGAGAAUUACCCCAUGCAAGAACACCGUAAUUGAGAUACGGGAGAAUUAGUGUUGAAUACAUCAUACAAAGAAUAUCAGUAGAG